UAAUGAAAAAAAAAUAAGUGGAACAUCGAAUGAUAUUGACAAACAUUCCUUCAGCACUUGAUAUUGGAUUUACAGCUGUAACAUCUGUAUCUAAUUUGGUAUUCAUGCUUGAAAAUCCAAAUGACUAUCCUGUAUAGUUUCAUUUUGAAUUUGAGAGAUUUAAGAUCACUCCAGAUAGGUAUUAAACAGUGAUAAUAAUUUAGGGGAUAAUUAGCUCCUGGAUCAAAAAUCAAUUUUACAUUGACAUAUUCCCCUUAAUAAGCAGAAGUAAUUGUUGCAUCAAUUAUCAUGCAUAUUUAAUAUGAAUAACCUAGAGUAAUUAAAGUAUCAGGAAUUGGCAAAUAUCCCUUUUUAUAAUUGAAUACUAAAAAACUCAAUUUUGAAACUUUAUUGAUAGGUAAAACAGUAACAAAAGAAAUCACUAUUAAGAAUUCAUCAGAAGUUACAGCCUAAUUUUAAAUCACAAAAAUGAUAGAUGAUGAGUUCAAAGAUAAUGCAUUUUCAUUAGACUAUUAUUCAGGUGUAAUUCCUCAAAAAAGCACAUUUUUAAUUAAAGUUACAUAUUAACCUAAAAUACUUAAUGUUUCUGUUAUUAGAUUUAAAGUGAUAUGUUAAGGAGGAAAUGAAUUAACUUUUGAGUGUGUUGGAUCAACAGUGGAACAUGCUGUAUAUUUAAGUGAAAAGUCAAUUAAUUUUGGGGAGAUUAAAAUUGGUAAUCAGGCAACUAAAUUAUUAACAAUCCAUAAUGAUUCUGAUCUAGCCACUUCAUAUUAAUUUUAUACUGAUAUGAAUAACAUUUUUAGUUUCAAUAAAAUAAGAGGUUUAAUUUAAGGAAAAAGCUUUGAUCGUAUCAUAGUCACUUUUACACCUAAACAUACAAUUAAUUAUUAUGAAAGAGUAUAUUGUGUUGCCAGUAAUUAAAUUAAAUUUGUUGAUUUAAUUGGUACAUGUUAUGACCUUUUAAUCAAACCUAUACCAUUACUCUAAUAGCAUAUUGAUAAUUUUAGAAGAAGAGUAAUUUAAGGAAAAUUAAGUGAAGUUGAUUUCAAAUAUAUGGAAAAUUCUUAUUUGAUGAAAAUAAAUUAAUAAAAUACAAGCAACCUUUAAGGAGAAUGGCAAGAAAAUCCUAAUUAAACUGUUUAAUAUAAAGAAUUAAUGCUUCCUCCAUCAUCAGAUUAUAGAUUAAUUAAAUUUUCUGAAGAUUUUAUAGAUUUUGGUUAUGUAGAAUGUUAUUCAUAAAGUGGAGCAAGGGAAUUGGAAUUACAUAAUAGACUUAAUUGUAAAUUGACUAUAUUUUGGACAAUCUAAACUCAUCCUACUAUUAAUGGAGAAAAAGUGCCAGUUUUUACAGUUUCUCCAGAAACAUAAUCAGCUAAUGCAAAUUCUAAAUGCAAAUUUUCAAUUAGUUUUAGACCUACAAAAUCAUCUUACUACUAUUUUUAAUAUAUUUAAUUCUUUGCAAUUAAAUAUAAUCCAAAACUAACAAAAAAAAUAUUAGAUUCAGUUAAAAAUAACAAAGGAUCUAUUUUGAAUGAAUCAUUUGGAAAUAAUGCAAAUCUAAAAUUAUCUUAAACUGGAAUUACUAAUCAAAAAAAUACUAUAGAUUUUACUUCUAAAGAAAUGAUUCCUACUUUUAGUGGAUAAAUUGGAUGUGUUGGACAUUCUUUUGGAAUUAAUUCUUAACCAUAUAUUCCUAUAAUAGAACUUAGACCAUCUAACAAAUUAUAUUUUCCUCCUUGUACAAUUGAAGAAUCUGUCUAUUAAACAGUAGAAUUUGUUAAUAAAUCAGAUACUCCAAUCUAUUUUAAUUUUAGUCCAGAUCCAACAAGAACUUUUAGAGUAUUUCCUAAUUAAGGUUUAAUUUUUGGUAAAUCAUCAUAAAUGAUUAUUGUUGAAUUUGUGCCAGUUGAAAAUAAGGCAUACAAUUAAACUCUAGUUUGUCAUAUGAAUCAUUAAUCUUCUAAUUAAAUAACUCUUUAAGCUAUAGGAUAUUGUUCUACUCCUUCACUUAAAUUGUAGAAUGAUGGUAAAGUAUUCUUCCCUCCCUCAUUUGUUGGAGUUUACUCAAGAUAAAAAUUUACAGUUCAUAAUGAAUCAAGAGUACCAAUGAGUUAUUCAAUAGAUGUUCCAGAGAAAUACUAAACUGAAUUAUAUAUUGAACCUUCAUCUGGAUAAAUAAAACCUAAUGAAGUAAUUCAUUUAGAUUGUCAAUUUAUUCCUUAUAAAAAGAAUAAAGAAUAUAGAAUUAAAGUACCUAUGACUGCUACAGAAAUUCUUGCAGAUAACUAAAAUCUUAUUGGGUAUCAUAUUCCAGGAUCAGGAAAUUUAGACUUUCCUCUUGAGCAAAGAAAACCUAUUGAAUUAUCAUAUCAAUUUGAAAUAUUUGGAAAAGGUACAGAUGGUGAACUAGAACUUAAUGUUAAAUAAAUCGAUUUCAAUAUUAUAAAAGUUAAUUUCAAUACAAAAAAAUAUGCUACCUUAAUUAAUAAUUCAGAUUGCACAUUUUAUAUUGAAUUAGUUCUUAGACCAAAAAGUAAGGAUAAAGAUAAAAUUGAUCAUUAAAUAAUUAGUCUUAUUAAUAGAUCUUUUACUUUAGAUUUAUAAAAUGGGAUUAUUGCUGCCAAUUCAAAAUUAGAUAUUGGAAUUAUGUUUAAUCCAAUUGAAGUUUGUGAAUUUGAUUUAGUUUUAGAUGUUAUUGCUACUGAAAAGAAUCCAAAAGCACCUAAAGGUCCUAAUUAUUAAAAUAGGAAAAUAGUAUCUUAGAAAUGCAAAUUAGAAAUUAAGGCUAAAGGAAAUUAUCCUUUAUUGAAAAUUGCUGAUGUAAGAAAUGAUUCUAUAAGUGUUGCCACAUUAUGGGAAAAUUUCUAAAUUAAUUAAAUUAAUACAGAAUUAGCCAAAGAUUUAAAUGAAGAUGAAUAGAAAUUUUUGAAAAUCGAAUAAUUGACAUUUGAUCAAGCUUAAUAAUUAUAAAAGAGAUUAAGAAGUUAUGACUGGAAUUUCGGAUAUUUACCAUCUAAACCAUAAGUAAAAUCUAGAAAAAUUGUUAUAACAAUUUAAAACAUUGGAGGUACUGAUUUAGAGUGGCAAUUUAAAUUACCAUCUGAUCAUUAAAUAGAAUUAGAACCUUGGGCUGAUCCAGGAGAACCUACUGAAGAAGAUACAUUUGAAAAAGCCAUUUUAGAAAAGAACAUAUUUUAAAUUAGACCUAAAGGUGGUGUAAUAGCUCCAAAAUGUUUUAAAGAUAUAGAACUAAUCUAUACUCCUUGUAAUUUAGAUGAAGAACUCAAAACAAAGGGAAUUUCAAAUGAAAGUCAUUUUCUAAGGGUUGUAUUAUAGAUUUUGAAUGGAAAACCAUUAGUUUUAAAUUUAAAAGGAACAACACUAGCUCCAUUAGAAGGAAGAUUAGCAGUAAAGAAAAAUUCAUUUGAAUUGCCAGAAACUCCAGUUGGAUUAUUGUAACCUGUUAAAUAUCCAAUAGAAAUUUAAAAUGUAGGAAGUUCAAAAGUGUCCUAUAAAACACUUAUAUAAGAAAUGGAUAUUGAUGGAUAGAUCAUUGAUUCUUAGUUUAAUGUAUUUGAUAUUCAGAAUCCUUAAGGAUCACUCUUACCAAAUGAGAAAUAAUAUUUGUAUUGCCUUUUUAAACCAUUAGAAUAGAAAAUAUACUAUUUUGAAUUAUUGGUUGAGGUUUCUGAUAUGGUCAAAGUAAUUUAACCAGUUAAGUUAGCUAUUCAAGGAAGAGGAUAUGCUAAUAAACCUAAAAAUUAGAUUUAAAAAUAAACAAUAGAAAUUCCAAGAUAAAGAUCACAUCAAUCUCCUAUAGGUUCAAAAGUAUUCUUUUCUUUGGAAGAAAUAGAUUUUGGAGAAUUAUUACCAUUAAAAUCUGCACAUAGAAUGAUAAUUCUAUACAAUCAAUCUACAGAUCGUAAAUUUACAUUUGAUUUUGGUAUUUCAUAAUUCACACUUUCAAAUAAUAGACCAGGACUAUGUUGUGGGGAUGAAUUUUUGAUAGAACCUAUAUAGGGAGAACUCGAAGCUUAGGCAUUUAUAGAAUUGAAAUUAACAUUGACUGCAGCCUCUACUCCUUCAGUUUAUGAAGGAGAAUGUGAAUGUACAAUAAGUUGGGAAAAUAAAAAUUAAUAAGUGAAUACUUCUUAGAUAAGUUAAAAUUCUCAAGCAAUAACAGUAGAUAAAGAAACUUUGUUUUUAAGAAUAAAGAAGAAAUCAAGUUUGAAUGUAGAAUUAGUUAACUCAUUUAAACAGCCUCCUCCUCCUAUACAUAAUGCAAUGGCCCAUCCUUUCUAAUAAUUACUAGGUUAGAUUAUUACAGAAGUUUUGACUGACUCUCAUACUGACUAAAUUCUUAGAGCAUUAGAUUAAUAACCUAUAACACUUUAUUAACCUGAAUAACAACCAAAGGAAGGAGAAGAUAUAUAAGUGGAGGAUUUGUAAAUAUAAAUAUAUAUAUAAUUUAGGACAAUCCCAAGAGACUAUAAAGAUUAUAAGACUAUGUUUUUAGAGGAAGAAUUCAUCGAAUUAACUGAUUUAAUAAUGGAAAAUACAUUCUUUAAUAUAAUAUAAGAAACCACAAGAAAAGAGUGUGAUUUAUUACGUAUUUCAAAGACUUUUGUCACACCAGCAAACAAAUGA